AGGAAGGGAGAGAUGGAAGUAGCUCAAGUUCUUUGCAUGAAGGGAGGAAAUGGGGAUACCAGUUACGCACAAAACUCACUACUUCAGGUAUCAUGUACUGCCGUUCUUCUAAAAGUUUUCAAUGACAAAGUUCCACUUUGAUGGUGCAGAAAAAAGUAAUAUCCUUGACAAAGCCCAUAAUCGAGGAAGCCAUAACAAAUCUUUACUGCAACAAAUUUCCGACCAGCCUAUGCAUCGCAGACUUGGGAUGUUCUUCUGGACCCAACACUUUGUUUGCGGUCUUGGAAGUUGUCACUACAGUGGACAGGGUGGGCAAGAAAACGGGGCGUCAAUUGCCCGAAAUUCAAGUGUUUUUGAAUGAUCUGCCGGGGAAUGAUUUCAACACCAUUUUCAAAUCCUUGCCCGGGUUCCAAAAGGAUCUUGAGAAAAGAAUGGGAGCAGGAGCUGAAUCAUGUUUCAUAAACGGAGUUCCAGGUUCUUUCUACGGCAGGCUGUUCCCCAGCAAAAGUCUUCAUUUUAUCCAUUCUUCUUACAGUCUCCACUGGCUGUCUCAGGUUCCUCAAGGGCUGGAGAGUAACAAAGGGAACAUUUACAUGGCAAGUUCGAGCCCACCAUGCGUGCUUAAAGCAUACUACGAGCAAUUCCAAAGCGAUUUCUCCUUGUUCCUCAGAUGUCGUUCGGCUGAACUACAAGAAGGAGGGAGUAUGGUUUUAACAUUUUUAGGAAGAAGAAGCGAAGAUCCCUCUAGCAAAGAAUGUUGCUACAUUUGGGAGCUCUUAGCUGUGGCUCUCAACGAUAUGGUUGCAGAGGGGCUCAUAGACGAGGAGAAAAUGGAUUCCUUCAAUCUUCCUCAUUAUACACCAUCCCCAACUGAAGUCAAAUGUGAAGUUGGAAAGGAAGGAUCAUUUACCAUAAAUAGGCUGGAGGUUUCUCAAGUGAACUGGAACGCGUAUCACGGUGAAUUCUGCCCAUCAGAUGCUCAUAAAGAUGGUGGGUACAAUGUGGCCAAGCUGGUCAGAGCAGUGGCGGAGCCUUUGCUUGUAAGCCACUUCGGUGAUGGAAUAAUAGAGGAAGUGUUCAGCCGAUACCAAAAGAUUGUUGCUGAUCGCAUGUCCAGAGAGACGACUGAGUUCGUAAAUGUCACUGUUUCUAUGACUAAGCGUGGAUGACCAACAUUCAACAGGGCCAGCUCCUUCAUCGGUCCAACGUUCAACAUGGCUGCUUUAUCAUUACUAGUUUCAAAUUUCAGAAGGUGCAUGUACGCCUUACCAAAAUAAGCUUUCCAUGAUCAUUUAUCAAUCCUAGUUGUUUAGAUUGUCAUAUGAUGUUUUAUUGUCGAAGAUAUUAUUAAAUAGAUGUUUGUUGUCUUUACGUGUUAAUUAAUUGGUUUGUCAGCA